GUGGUGAUGCUAAGGCUGCUGGGCAGUCCCAGGGAGACGGUGGCCAGCCAGGGGCUGGGGACGCUCGGAGGCAUCAGAGGGGACGUGCAGAACACCGGAGACACACCAUCACCAACGGUGUGGACUUCAGCAUGCUGAAGCACAUGAAGGAGCUGGAACAGGAGAAGGAUUUCCUGCUGCAGGGUCUGGAGCUGAUAGAGCGUGCCAGGGAGUGGUACCACCAGCACAUCCAGUUCAUGCAGGAACGCCAGAGGCUCCUGGGGAAGAACAAAACCACUGCUGAAUUCUUCCCUGAGGGUGGCCAGAGCCACCUGGGGCUCCUGGUCCCCAAGCUGCAGGAGGUGAACCGCUGCCUGGGUGACCUUCUUUCCACCGCCGGCAAGGAGGUGACCGACAAGAGCGAACGCAUCACCCAGUUGGAGCAGGAGAAAUCUGCCCUGAUCAAGCAGCUCUUUGAGGCUCGUGCCCACAAUAACCACGAAACGAGCCAGCUGGACUCCACCUUCAUCUAG